UGGUGUGUGUGUGUGAUCGCCGCAUACGCGACUUGACGAUGGAACGUCGAAAUGUGCUGCUAAAUGAUCGCUUAAAUACUACAAUUUAAGAUAUGCAACUGAGUAAGUGAACCCGUACAGGACAGGUAGAAGUCUUUCCAUCGACCAUGUGAUGAAUUUUGCGAAGAAUUUUGCUCGAAAAGCGUUGAAAACUGUCGCGAUUGCCGGCCGGUAGCGGAGGUAAAUCGGCAGCAAAAAUGGCGACCUCGUCAUGUUGUGCGAGAGACUCCAUUGUCCUUGUACUUGUGUGCGGAUUGGUAAUGUUUACGAACGAUGUUUCCUCGGCACUGGAACCGCUUCAAAAUGCUCCCAAGGAGACUGAAUCUGCAUCAAGCAGGCGGGGAGAUCGAGGGGACGAUCUCUCGAAAUCACAGAUUAACUUUAACAAUCCGGACUUGCUUCGCGAGCUGGCUUCUUCGUUGUACCAGCCCGGCGAGUCAGCGGGAGCGAGCAAGCGGAGUCGUGGGGCGGGCAAGGAGGCCGAUUUGGACGGCGUCUUGGUGCGGCAAGCUGAGAUCUUGUCAGACCGGUUCAGAUACAUCGUGAACACAGAACUCGGGUUGAGCUCAUUACAGAAAGCAUACGAUUCCCUGUCAUAUGAAGACAAGGAGCCUAAUGCACAGCAGCAGUUAGAUAAGUUGACAUUCAACGUCAAAGCCAAACUGAAGAAGUUCCUUCAACUCUUGAACUUUGACCGGGUGGUGAUAGAGACUCUGUAUCGAGCCCACCGCUCGGACCCCAUCACGGCUAGUCAUAAAUGCUGCCGACUCCCACCGGAGUACUUCAAAUAUGACUCGGUCUUCCAAGCCAACAUCUCUAAGGAGUCCGCCUGUGAGCGAGUGUCUCCAGCCACGCCCGGCAACGCCUUCAACCCUGUCAAAAACAUCUCACAAGUAUUUAAGAGACACCAAAUGGCCAACCCAACCCUCAAGUGGCAAUAUUUCAACUCAGAAGACGGUGUACAUGUGAUCUUCCCAGCGACGUCUUACACAGCCGACCAUCCCCAUGCCAGACGAUGCAAAGAUGACAUGGACAUGAGGAAUGAGCCUAUCUACUCCUCAACUGUCCGACCUCAGGCCAAGAAUGUCAUCAUACUGAUAGACAGGGGCUUCUCAGUCAGCGAUGCAUCGUUGCAGAUUGCUAGAGAGGCUGCUGAAGUCGCCCUGGCAUCACUGUCAGAGAAAGAUCAGGUUGGAGUGUUGAGUGUGGGCUCUACCGUGCAGACGUGCCAACAGGAUGGUUGCUAUGACAACCACCUAGCAACCGCUACCAUGGAUGCCAAAGAGCAGCUGGUCCGAUACAUCAGAACCAUCAAGCGAGAUACUGGUGUUACCAAUCAUACACUGGGUUUGCAGAAAGCGUUUAGUUUGUUCCAAAAGUCUACAGUGCCGCAACAUCCCAACAAUAGUAUCGCUGACUCGGUUAUAGUGUACUUUAGUGCUGGUCAUGUAUCCGACACUGAGGGCGCUACAUCAAUCAUCAAUAUGGUGAUCAACGAGAAUCGACGGUUCAACAACAGGGCUAUUGUCAUGACGUACGCCCUGGUCCAAGAAGGCGUAACUGGUCUGGAGGAGCUGGCUUUUCUACGAGACCUGGCUGAGCUAGACAACGGGACAAGUUACCAAGAGACUGCCAGACUCAAUCUACCUCCUAAACAGAAAGGAGUGAUGACAGUGCUGAACCAGAUGAGCAAUUUACCCUCUGCAGUUGGGAGAUUUUACACCAUUCUGCCUCUGGACACAGUCUCCAAGCCCGUAUUCUCCCUACCUCACUUUGAUCCAACAGGAGGAGGUCUGAUCAUGAGUAUCACCCAGACAUGUUACGUCAACAGUCGUCUGAUAGGCAUCGUUGGUCUAGAGGCUAACAUGGUGGAUCUCUUGGAGGAUAUCACCUACUUCAAGGAAGGCGACCGUUCUUAUUCCUUCAUUAUUGACAGGAGAGGUUUGACCAUCAUGCAUCCGUCCCUAGCCCGGCCCAUAGUAGCCUCACAACCACCGCUCUAUGCCGACAUCAGUCACUUUGAGCAGUCGGUCAACUUUGACCGAGUCCGCCAGUCGAUGCUAAGGGGUGAGAGUGGUACCAUGCAGCUGCGGAGAUUUGCCAACGAGAGCACAUAUGUCAACUACACAUGGAAACCGGUUGACAAUGCCCUCUUGUCAGUGUGUGUGGUCAUAGAAGAGCAAGAUUUCAACCUAAGGCACCUGAGGAAAAUGCACGUUCCACCAGGCCAGACCCUCCUGUAUCAUCGACUUGACCUCCUCCCCUCGGACAACAUCUGCAUGCACCUCAAGCAGCUGGCAACUACAGAUGCCAGCACCCUGAUGUUAGCACCCAGUAGUUUCUUCCCCUUUGAGCAUCUCAGCCAACGAGAGACUAAGCUGGUGGUUCAGGCCUACAUGGCUUACCUGAGUGACAACACUAAUCUCAUAUCCAACCCAGGAUUCAAGGAUAUGAUCAAAGAUGAUGUAUCUGCUACCAGCGGCUUGGAGAAGGCGUGGUUGGCUCAGUUUGAGAAGAGUCACCUCAACGACUACGUUGUCAGAAGGUAUCUAGCCACGACCAGCGGCAUUCUCAGGAUGUACCCAGGCUCCCGGGUGGAUAAGAGCUUUGACCCCUCCAAGCGACCUUGGUACAAGCGUGCCAUAGCUCAUCCCGGCCGUGUGACUCUCUCCUCUCCUUAUUUGGACAUGGGCGGGGCCGGUUACAUCAUCACACUCAGCCAUGUUGUCUAUCAGGGAAGGGCUGACGGCUCACACGAGGAAACCGACCACGUUGUAGGAAUCAUGGGGAUUGACUUCACCAUCCGCUACUUCUACAAAGUCCUUCUGGAGAUCAUGCCGGUAUGCAAGGAGGAGAACGUUCGCUGCUUCGUCAUGGAUGAUAGGGGUUACCUCAUAGCUCACCCGAGGCUGGUGGAACCGGCCGGCAGGGGACCGGUGGAGCAGCAGCACAUAACUCAUCAAGAAAUCUUGGUGUCCAACGACAUCUUGUACCACACCCACCUGGUGAAGAAACUCCGAUGCAACAACUACGAGGAUCGAACCAUCCAGCGCUACUACUCGUUCAACACCAGCCUAGUCGGUGUCCUGUCUAACCUCUACCAUGGAGAAUACUGCAGCAAGUACCGCAUCGUGCCUGUGCCGGAUACCAACGCCUUUGUGGGCGUGGUCAACGAUACGUGUAGCGAGGUGACGACGUUCUGCCCGUGCAGCAUGUAUGACCGUCUGUGUCUGAACUGCAACCGUAUGGAGCAAACAGAGUGUGAAUGCCCCUGUGAAUGUGAGCUGGAGUUGGACCACUGUCAUGGGACACUGCAACAAGGGGAGGAUAGGAAUCCCAGCUGUUCUGACAAGGAAGAGAGUGCUAGCCUGCCUAUCAUAGAUGAGAGUAUCACUGAAGACUUACCACAGUGCUUCAACUACAACUGCAAGCAGAGAAAGACAUUCAGGGAUUGUUUUGGUGUGGUAGACUGUGAGUGGUGCGUGGCCGCCACCAACCCUCAGCAUAAACUCCGUAAGCUGUCCAUGCCUUACUGCGCCACUCAGCGCGAGUGCUUCGGUGGAGUGGUCGGUGCCCAGUCGCCGUACUACGACGAGAUAGUCACCGACAACCAGUCCGCCCCCUUCGAGGCCCACAAGGGUGCCCAGGUCGGCCCCGUCGCUGGUGCUUUCAUGGGUGUCAUCAUGGCCCUAGCCCUGGUCAUCUAUGCCUACCGUCACCACGUUCACAACAACGCGCAGCGACGUCGCGAGCUGGCCCAGAACGGCUCAGAUGCGUCGGUCCGGAUGUCUCAGGGAGAAGGGGAGGGGGAAGGAGAAGAGGAAGGGGAGAACGAGAACCAACCCCCAGCACCGGGAGCUUUCGGACAUGCCAACAUUCUCUUGGCCGCUUUGAACCAACCCAGCCCCUACCACCAACGUGCCCGCUAUGGCAUCCGUGUCUGGCGCCACCGCCCUGGUGGCACUCCCAGCGAGAGUGACCACGGCUACAGCACCAUGACCCCCCACGAAGAUUCCGAGUACCAGUACGUGGAGCCCGAACCCAUCCUCGUCCACGUGGAACCAGAGCGCCACAACAUAGACCCGCCCCCGGGUACGCUACGCGUCAAGCGCCCCAAAUCCUCCACCCCGACCGCUACCCUCUUAGACCUAUCACAAGGUGACGCAGGCACCCCCACCCAGGGGGGUUCUAGCGACCUCCCCCCAAGGCUGGACCCCCCACCCCAGACCGUCAUCCCCACCAGGAGGUCUCUAGUCAAAGCGCAGGUACACGCCAUGGAUACGGUGUGCUAGCUGUCAGUCUUGUAGCCCCCUACGCGGCGGCUGUACGUAUUCCUUAAGUAAUUUCACGCAACUCACCAGUUGUACUGUAUUCACACAGUUUUUGUGCAAAAUUUGGAGCAACUUUAUAACAAUCUUUUGGGAUCCCUUAAUGACCCCAUGAUUUGCAUUUACCAAAGAUACAAGUACUUAUUUGGGCCGCAUAUUGGAAAAGUGCCAGGAACAGUGUGGCAUCACAUCAUGAAAACAGGAACAAUGCAAAAUUUGAUGGCAAAUUUUCUUGAUAUCCUAAAUAGCAUUAUAUUCAUACUAUGUACCCCUAGCACUUCUGUAUACCCAACAUGUGUGGAAAAUUUCAGAAAAACCAUCACAGUACUGUUACCAAAGCUGCAACACAGAAAAUUCCUAGUUAAUUAUGCAUACAAUUUGCAUAUUUGAAUAUUCAUAAAUAAAUACCAAAGCCAUGGGCCAAUCAGCCUUAUCAGUCACUACAGCAUUAUGCGGCAUUUUUACAAAUUGCCAAAUUCAAAAUAUAUGAAGAUUUUUUUUAUUUUAGGCAUUUUACCCCAGAAUUUGGUCAUACCGGUAAGUUCUGAUAUUGGACGUAAAAUAUUAAAAGCAUUUUUAAGUUUUAUUGUAAAUAUUGUACAUAUCAAUUGUAGAGAUUUUAUUAUUAGCCAAAGUACUACUCCUUAGUAUGUGAUCAGAUAAGAGAGAAAAUGUUCGUUUGUCAACAUUUGUGUAUACAUGUAUAUAUAUUUUGUAUUCAGUAUUUGAUUAAAAAACCAAAAUAACGAAUAACUGAAUGAAUGAUCUCAGGUGAUUAACAACAAAAAUGAACCUAAUUUAAACUACAGAAAUUACUCGUAGAAUUCGUUGACGUUUUUUUCAUAUAUUUUUUUGAGCUCAAGUUGUGUGUUAUUAAUGGAGCUUUUGUGUUAGUGGAGACACUGAAGUGGGGAAGUUUUUUAUUGUUAUGGAAAUUAGGACCGAGUUUCAACUGUCCCCACAGCGUCUUUGGUCCCCAUAGUAUCUUUGGUCCCCAUAGUAACUAUCGCUUAUCGAAGGAGGGGUCCCCAUAACUACGGAACAAUUAACACCGGUAUGCGUGUUACAGUAUCCUAUACAUAGAUCAGUGUAAAGUUCAUGUUUGCACAAACCAUGGGCGUAUAUGCACAAGAAAAACAUGACCAACCGUAUCACUUGUUUAAAUAAUAAUAAUUAAUUCUAUUUAUUUUCAACCAUUAGGAUUUGAAUUGUAACAAAUUAAUCCAAAGCUUAAGAAAUUCUUCCCUCCACACAUUAACAAAAAUUUAAUUUGGGAAUCAAUAUUAAUUUGGUAACAGUUCAGUUAAACACAACCAAAUUCUAUAAAAUCAGUGAUUUUUUAUUUUAAAAAAAUUGGAGGCGAAGUACUUAAUCGGGUUGGAGUGGUGUAAUCGUGCCAAAUGCUUGAUGUGUGAUUAUUAAAUGAUUCAUAAAUAAAUUAUCAAAUAUCGUAUUAGACUAAUCACUGCCAAAUAUUUUUUAAAAUUGUCCUAAAUUCUGAAGUAGUCGACUCCAGAAAAUAGGGGCCGGGUUAUUUUUGUUUUAAACUAAAUGUAGAUAUGUAAAUAAGCUUGCUAAAAAUGCUUCCUUUUUAGAAAAUUUUAGUAGUGCAGCUUAUUUUAUUGUAGGACUGUUGAAAAUCACUACAAGUUAUGAAGACUGAUUUCAGUUACAAAAAGGCUUGGUAUUUGACGCUGUGACCAUCUUGUUCAUGAUAUACGUAAUUUACUUGCUCAAAACAAUUCUUGAAGUCAGUUUUUGUGACUGACAUGUGUGUGUGAAUGUACAUUCUGCAUAUAACUUGUCUUCAUGAUGGGGAAAAAGGAGAGCAUUUUUGUCCAUUUUGUCAGUUUCUAUUUCACAUGCAAAUCCUUUAUCAGUGUAUUCAGCUUCCCUGGUAAGCAUUGAUUCCUAUAUGUAAAUGGUGAUAAAAGCACAUGUAAACCAGUGAGGACUGGUUGCAGCCCCCUCCUUUCAAAGUCUAGAACACAUUGUAGAGAUUGGGAACCAGCCUAUUUGUACUGACAGUCAUGCACAAAGCUUAUAGACAGGUGCCUAUACAUUGUCACUGCAUGUCACAGGAAUUCUCAAUGUACAGUCAGGGAACAUGGCCAAGAUGGUCACGGCAUAAACCAGCUGCCUUUGUACGUAAGUCUUUUUUGUUUUAUGAUACCAAAUUUGUUUUCUGUAUUUAUUGUGAUUGAGUAACCAAGCGUUGUUAUAUUACAACAUGCCAAAGAAGCUAGAUGUUUUCAUAUGGAGUUAGUAUGUGCCAUUUUGUAAGUGAUCGUAAUGCUGCGGUAGAGUAUUGUGCUUACUUAGGUAGCCAUGAUUUCAUAAGGUGAGUGAUUCUGAAUGUGUUUCGAACGAUAGAGAAGAUAAUGCCGCCAUGUAGUACGUCGGCAAGAAAUGUAAAGAAAUGUACAUGUCUAGAGAUUCAGGUCCAACAAUU